GCACUCUUUGCUUCUGCUCGUCCUGUUCUCAGCCACCUCCGCCUUGCCCUCUCGCCCGGCCGCAUCACGUCGCGCCCUCAACCGCGACUGGUACGCGCGCCGCGCCGCGGCCGACCCGGCGGCGCGGCGCAAGCGGCGUGGCUCCCGCGCGUCGCGGGCAGAGCGCGCGGCGGACGCGCUCUACGAGCCAGUCUCCAUCGAUCCGAGCGUGUGCUUCCCGGGCCUCGCGCAGGCGGAGCUCGAGGCGGCGGCCGAGCGCCUCCUUGCGGACUGCCACGCUACGUCAGCGCGGCAGCCGCCGCCACAGCCGCCGCCGCCGGCCGCCGCCGCAUCUCCGGCGGCGUCGUCCGCAGGCUUGGCCGGCGGCGUGAUGUGGGGCGACUGCUCCGUCGGCCCGGUCUUGCGCCAGCGCCUCGUCGGCGCCGGCCUACAGGCGCCGACCGCCAUCCAGUCUGCCGCCUUCGGUCCGCUCUCGCGCGGCUCCAACGGGCUCCUCUCGGCGCAGACGGGCGCGGGCAAGACGCUCGCCUUCGUCCUUCCGCUCCUGAGCCGCCUCCGCCGGGGCGACGCCUACUGCGCGCUCGUCGUCUGCCCGAGCCUCGAGCUCGCUUCGCAGCUCGGCCGCUCAGUCGAGCUGCUCUGGCCGGCGGAGGCGAGCAGUGGCGGCGGAGCGGCGCAGCCGGCGCUUCGGGUGGUGCAGCCGGCGGUGCAGCUCGUCGCCGCGUCGGCGUCCGCCUCGCGCACUCUCCGCAGGCAGCUGCAGCCGCUGGUCGGCGGGUCUGGGCGCGCGCCGACCAGCUCGCUCUCGCGCGUGCCAGCCGCAGUCGACGCGGCGGUGCCUCUCAUCGAGCCGGGAGGCGGCAAGGCGGCAGGCAAGGCGGCAGGCAAGGCGGCAGGCGAGGGCGGCGGCUCGGACGGCGCAGUGCGGGGCCGUGGGGCCGCGAGCGCCGAGCCGCCGUUGCGAGCGCUCCUCGCCGCCGUGGCGCAGCAGCGGCCUGCGGCGGCGGCGAUUCUCUUUGCCGAGCGGUCGGUGGGCGUCGCAAAGACGGCCGAGGCGCUGCGCCGGCUCGGCAUGACGGGAUGGCGUGGCGUGCCCCUUUACGUGGCGAGCGAGCGGCACGGCCGCGGACUCGACCUCGACGUGGGGUACGUGCUGCUGCCUGCGCCGCCGGCCACCCCGGCGGGCUACCUCCACCUCGCCGGCCGGUGCGGUCGGCAGGGCAAGCCGGGCACGGUGGUGAGUCUGGCGACGCACCAGCAGGCGCCCCGGCUCGCCGCCUACUCGCGGCUCCUCGGGCUGCGCCUCGAGAGGCUCGGCGGAGACGCCGCUCAACCUCCGCCAGCAGCCGAGCUCCUUGGCAUGCCGCGCCGCGCCGCCGCCUCCAUUUGCUUUGCUUCCCACGCUGCCGCUUCCUCUAAAGCAGCGCCGCCACUAAAUGGCGUAUAA